UCGGGAAGACACCGCCAGAGGUUCCAGAGGGGUGUUAGCAAGCCUGCGAACGGCCGUGUGUGAUGAAGAGCUGCCCUACAUGCUCUGUGCUGAUGAAGGCAGAACAAGAUGAAAUUGACCAAGUGUAAUCUGAGGAACUCAGAUUAGACAACAGGAAGAACUUGGAUUUGAGAAGCACCAGGUUCAAAUUCCAGAUCAACUUGUCGGUUUUAGGAAGCAGCGGUGGACAGAGCAGCGAGCCUGCCUAGGAGGCCAUCUGCUUUAUCUGAAGAUUUUCAGCUGAUGAAUAACUAGGAGGCUCAAGCACUGUCUCACCUGAGUUCAGGACAAGCAACUUGGAGAGCGUGCUCUUCUGUGGCAGGUCUGUCUAGGGCAGGAUGGCCCAGGAUCUCAGCGAGAAGGACCUGUUGAAGAUGGAGGUCGAGCAGCUAAAGAAGGAAGUGAAAAACACAAGAAUCCCGGUUUCCAAAGCGGGAAAGGAAAUCAAGGAGUAUGUGGAGGCCCAAGCAGGAAACGACCCUUUUAUCAAAGGCAUCCCUGAAGACAAGAAUCCCUUCAAGGAGAAAGGCGGCUGUCUGAUAAGCUGAUGGCACGGAGCCCCGCCCUGAGUGUCUGUCCCUGUUCAGCCGAGCCCAAGUCUCCUAGACCCCCAGGGAACCAGUGAACUGUCACCUUCUCUUCAUCGCAGAAUGAGUAAAGACCCCUGAACAAAUGCACUGUGAAUCAUUCCCCAUUCCCACCUUCAAAUCUUUUCUCCCAUGAUUUCCCCCACCUGCUGGGUCUCUGCUGACCUUGCUGGGAACUCUGAGGACAGUGUGACUGGGUGGGCGGUUGGCCCCAUUGGUGGUGGGGUGUGAGGAUCCCCUGAGACCUCAAAGGGCAGUCCUUGGGAAGCACUCACAUCUCCUUAGAGCCCCUCCGUCUUUUCCCUCCACUCUCUCCCUAGGAAAAAAGCAUUUCCACACCAGAGUAGUUUGAGCUGGGAGCAAGGGUUGGGGAGAUCCCGUCCCCCCAUCUCAUGUCUUACCCUGUGGUCCUGUUCCUAAUCAUUUAGAUCACCCCAGGUGGCCUGGUGACAACAAGAGUUUGUGAAGUUA